AUGUUGCAACUGGCACUUCAGGAGAAAUACCAGCAACAUACCGGCUUUCAGACAAUAUCACUGACGUUUAUAGGAGCGAUCGGGAUGAUUAUCAUAUCGCCCUAUGCCUCCAAAUUCAAAAAUGUGAGAGCAGCAGCCACUAGCUGUGGGCAUGCUUUCUCGAGUUUGAAAGGGGGAGUUGGGGCUCGGGUGUCCUACUACCCUGGGGGAGCUUUAGAUAGCACAACCCAUGUCGAAUUGUCAUUUGCAACUGUGCAUCUAAACGCUUUUGAAGGGGAAUAUUACUAUCUCCAGCGAAACAAGAAUCUUUACAAUAUCAUGCGGUCGUUGAAUUUUGGAGAUGGUUACGGCCUAAUAAAGCCCAAGAAUCAUGUCUUUGUUUUGGGUGACAUGAACUACAGGACUACUCAAAAUUAUUCAGCAACUAAUGAAGAAACGCACGAAUUGAUUUCGUUAAUCGAUGCAUCAGUCACCAAUGCCGAUUAUUCAAAGAAGGUUGAAGAUCUAGUUGACAAGUAUGACGAAUUGAGAAUGAGCAUGCGCAACGGAGACGUAUUGCAGAACUUUUCCGAAGCUAAAAUAACGUUUCCACCAACCUACAAGCUCCACGUAAAUACUGCAAUAUACAACACAAAGAGAUCUCCGUCUUGGUGCGAUAGGAUUGUUUAUCUAUCGUCUUAUGAAGAAGUUGGAGAGGAUAAUCUGGGCCAGCAGUUGUUGAAAUUGCCUGGUUCGAACAAGUCUGCUUACAACGACAGAGUGCGCUAUUACCUACCAGAAGUGAUAGUUUACGACUCGUUGGAUUCACUUUUGAUGUCAGACCAUCGUCCCGUUUACCUAGAAAUGACUAUUCCCUUUGAUCCGCCAAAGCUGGUUAUCUCCCCCUUGUCUGGCUGCUUGCAAAUUCUUCCCACUGGUUUGCGGGCCGACCUCGUCUUGGAUGACUUUUCUCAGCUUGGAGCUUUAGAACUGAGCUCGAAUGUGGUUAGUGGACCCACUACAAUAUAUUUAAAGCCCACAACGUUUGACAACAUCACUCAGACUUUAAUUCGACCUCUUUCAAACACAAUCAUGGGAUAUGGUCUAUGGUUAGGACUUACAAAGCAAGGCAGAAUAUUCCUGUUUACAGCCAUUGUGUUGCUUUGGGUAUUUUUUCGGUUCUUCUGA